UGUUCUGGGUUUAUCCAAACAAACACUAGGAUAGCAAUUGGAGCUUCCAUUUCUCCAGUCUCAUCCUAUGCCAGCGACCAAUACGAUGUCACCAUUCUCAUAUGGAAGGAUCCAAAGCUAGGGAAUUGGUGGAUGGGAUUUGGAGACAAUACACUUGUAGGGUACUGGCCAGCGGAGUUAUUCACACACUUGGCAGAGAAGGCGACGAUGGUGGAAUGGGGUGGCGAGGUGGUGAACGCAAGAGCCAACGGUGAGCACACCGCCACGCAAAUGGGUUCGGGUCAUUUCGCUGAAGACGGGUUUGGGAAAGCAAGCUAUUUCCGAAACCUUGAGAUCGUGGACUCGGACAACAGCCUCAGCUCGGUCCGAGGUGUGUCAACUUUGGCUGAGAACACCAAUUGCUACAACAUCGAGAGCUCGUACAACAAUGAAUGGGGCACGCACUUCUACUAUGGUGGCCCUGGCAAAAAUUCACGAUGCCCUUAAAUCCAUAUUAUAUGAUUAAUUACUGAUCCAUCAUGUGUGCUCCAAUUAAUGAAGUAUUUACUUUAGUUAAUUGCAUUAUAUAUAUAAAUUUUCAAAUUCUUUAAUUAUGUAAUUAUAAGAAUAUGCUAUUUCCAUUCUUGUUUCUGUAUU